AUGGCUCUGAUGCUGUUCCGUUGGCCACACUAUGAGGCUCCACUGGCUGGGGAGUGACUGUCUGUACAGGUGGUCAACUGCAGCCUUGUGUUCAGCCCCAGGUCUCUGGGGACGCUGGUGAUAUCCCUGCAGCAGCUACAGACUGCAGGGCAUUUGGUGCUUCAGGAGGCCCUAGUGGAUGAGAAUCUGCGCGUGUCCCCAGUCCAGGUGGAACUUGACCUGAAGUACCAGCCCCCAGAGGGUGAAACUGGAGCCUGGGCAGAAGAGGACUUUGGAGCACCCAUUCGGGACAGCUCAGAGCUGAUCAUUCCCAAUGUGGGCUUCCAGGAGCUGGAGCCUGGGGAGGCCCGGCUGGAGCGGUGGGCAGUGGCAUUGGGCCGCAGGCUAGCUUGAGGAGUAGGUCAGCAGGGCGAUGAGGACAACAAGCUGGAGCUGGAGCUGGAUGACAAGCCUGAUGUGGAGCUUUCUGGCGUCGCGUUCAGCCCCCUCAAGAGCCGAGCUCGGGGCCUGGCCCGCGGGGAUCCCUUCCAGGUAUCCAGGGCCCAGGACUUCCAGGUGGGGGUCACGGUGCCCGAGGCCCGGAAGCUGGUGGGAGUCAACAUUAAUCCCUAUGUGGCCGUGCGCGUUGGGGAGCAACGCCGAGUGACCGCCACGCAGCGCGGGACAAAUUGCCCCUUCUUCAACGAAUACUUCUUGUUUGAAUUUCAUGAGACCCGGCUUCACCUCCAGGACUUGCUGCUGGAGAUCACGGUGAGGCGGGUAGGGGUGAGAGGUUUCCGUCAGAGAAGGGGAGAUGCCGAAGCUCCAGGACUAACGCCACUUCCCCAGGCUUUCCAUUCGUAGACCCUCCCCUUUAUGGCCACCCGGAUAGGCACCUUCAGGAUGGACCUGGGCAUUAUCUUCGACCAGCCAGGUACUGAACCCUCCCCUCACUAUGGCCACUUCUAUCAGAAAUGGGCUUCUCUGCACGACUCCCGGGAUACACGCGCCGGGACCAAAGGUUUCGUCAAGGUCACUUUGUCCGUGAGGGCGCGCGGGGACCUGGCCCCUCCGCUGCCACCCCCGGGCCCUGGCCACAGUUCGGACAUCGAGAAGAACCUACUGCUGCCGCGUCGGGUGGCAGCGGAGAGGCCGUGGGCGCGGCUGCGAGUGCGUGUGUACCGCGCCGAGGGGCUUCCGGCGCUGCGCCCCGGCCUGCUGGGCAGCCUGGCCUGCGCCCUGCACGACCAGCGCGUCCUCAUGGACCCCUAUGUGCGGGUGUCUUUCCUGGGGCAGCAGGGCAAGACGUCGUUGCGCGGCGAGGCGACGGCGCCCGAGUGGAACGAGCAGCUGAGCUUCGUGGAGCUCUUGCCGCCGCCGAUGCGCCGCCUUCGUCUGCAGCUACGGGACGACGCGCCCCUGGUCGAUGUGGCCCUCGCCACGCACUUGCUGGACCUGAGGCAGAUCUCGCAUCCGGGCGGGGCGGGUGAGCGCAUCUGGCCAACGCGUGCAGCCUCUGCCUGGGCCCUCUCUGCCCUGGGUCCCGCCCCCGACUGCAAACCCCAUGCUCGCGACCUAGCUCCGCUUAGAAAGGACCCGGGGCUGCAGGAGGUUGAGAGUCUGCAGCGCAGCCCCACUUGCGGGACCUGCACACGGCUGAAGCAGGCACUGGAAGAGCUGGUGGCUGGGAGCAGACAGUUUUGCCACGGUGCUGAGCACAGGACAAUGACUCGGCCCAACGCGCUGGAUCUAUGCAGAUGCCAAGGGAAACAGCUGGCGUUUAGCCUGAACCUGUUGGCAAAGCAAGGACUGCGGCUCCUUUGGGGCCUGAGACAGGGCAACGUGCAAGAGAAGGUGGCACUGGCCAAGAAGCUCCUGGUGAAACUGCGCUUCCUGGCCCAGGGGCCCCAGCAAUCCCUCCUGGAUGUGCUGGUCUGGAAGCUCAGUGGGCGGCGCCAUGUGGCCUGGGCCCAUCCCGCCCAGGAUGUGCUGUUCUCUGUGGUGGAGGAGGAACGGGGCCGGGACUGUGGGAAGAUCCAGAAUCUGCUGCUCACAGCACCUGGGGAAGCCGCUGGCGAGGUCCGUGCCAAGCUGGAGCUCUUCCUGGGGCUGGAGCUGGGCAAGCAAGCCAAGGCCUGCACCUCAGAGCUCCCCCCGGACCUGCUGCCUGAGCCCUCGGCUGCGCUGCCCCUCAGCCUGGACCGGGACUGUGAGUGUGGGCUACUUCAGCUCCGGGCUCACUUGUACCAGGCCCGAGGUGUGCCGGCAGCACAUGACAGUGGGCUCUCGGACCCCUUUGCUCGAGUCCUCAUCUCUACCCAGGGCCAGACCACACGGGUCCUGGAGCAGACGCUGAGCCCUCUGUAGGAUGAACUCGUGGUGUUUGAUCAGUUAUUCGUGGACGGGAAGAGGGAGCACCUGCAGCAGGAACCCCCACUAGUGAUUGUCAACGUCUGUGACCACAAUAAGUUUGGCCCUUCUGUGUUCCUGGGAAGGACGCUGGCCGCCCUGAGGGCAAAGCUGAUGGAGGACCUUUACCAGCAGUUCUUCCCCCUGAGGAAGGGGCCCCGGGCAGCCGGGGAGCUCAUCGCCACCUUUGAACUCAUUGAACUGGACUACAGUAGUUGACACACGCCCUCAGUGCCUAGUGAUGUGGAGCCCCAGGACCUGACCGCCCUGGUUGAGCCCCUCUCCGGAUGCCUAUCCCUGCCACCGCAUGUGCGCCCGGUGCUUAGGGAGUUCCAUGUUGAGGUACUGUUCUGGGGUCUGAGGGGCCUUGGCUGUGUGCAUCUGUUUGAGGUGGAGCAGCCCCAGGUUGUGCUGGAGGUGGCCGGUCAGCAAGUGGAGUCCGAGGUCCUGACCAGUUACCGUGAGAACCCCAAUUUCACUGAGCUCGUCAGGCAUCUGACAGUGGUCCUCUCUCCCUACCCCCAGGACUUGCCAGAGCAGCCUUAUCUGCAGCCCCUCAGCAUCCUGGUGAUUGAGCGCUGGGCCUUUGGCCGCACAGUGCUCGUGGGUUCCCACAUUGUCCCCCAUAUGCUGAGAUUCACACUCUGGAGUCAGGAGGAUCCCCCUGAGGGGGAAGGAGAGGAGGAGACAGGGGACCUGGUGCCCAAGGUACCUCAAGAACAGAGGUCCCGGGAUCACUUCUUGGCUGAAGUGGGGAUACUCAGGCGGCUCCUAAAGGCUCCUCUGAAGAAGCUCCCUCUGGGAGGCCUCCUGAAUCAAGGCCCAGAGCUGGAGGAGGACAUCCCAGAUCCUGAAGAGCUCGACUGGUGGUCCAAGUACUAUGCAUCUCUGCAGGAGCUCCAGGGGCAGACCAACUUAGAUGAGGAUGAAAUGGAUGAUGCUGGGGAUUCAGAUGGGGGCAAUCUCCUUUCUGUGGAUGGGGAAGCCCAAGACCAGGGUAAGGCUGAAGUCAAAGGCUCUGUGUCCCAGAAAAAAGCAAUCGCCACUCUGAAGAUUUACAACAGCUCCCUGGAAGAAGAGUUUAACCACUUUGAAGACUGGCUGAAUGUGUUUCCCCUGUAUCGGGGGCAAGGAGGUCAGGAUGGAGAUGGAGAGGAAGAAGGGUCUGGAAACCUUGUGGGCAAGUUCAAGGGCUCCUACCUCAUUUACCCUGAAUCAGAGGCAGUGUCCUUCUCUGAUCCCCAGAUCUCCAGGGGGAUCCCACAGAAUCGGCCCAUCAAGCUCCUAGUCAGAGUAUAUGUUGUAAAGGCUACCAACCUGGCUCCUGCCGACGCCAACGGCAAAACAGACCCCUAUGUGGUGGUGAGCGCUGGCUGGGAGCGGCUGGACACCAAGGAGUGCUACAUCCUCAAGUAGCUGAACCCCAUCUUUGGAGAGGCCCUAGAGCUCAGCAUCUCUCUCCCUGCUGAGCCAGAGUUGACCGUGGCUGUGUUUGAUCAUGACCUCGUGGGUUCUGAUGACCUCAUCAGAGAGACCCCCAUUGAUCUGGAAAACCGAUUCUAUAGCCACCACAGGGCGAACUGUGGGCUGGCGUCCCAGUAUGACGUGGAUGGCUACAGUGCCUGGCGUGACGCAUUUCAGCCUUCGCAGAUCCUGGCGGUGCUGUGCCUACCCUGUGGCCUCCCCCCACCUGAAUACCGAGCCGGGGCUGUCAAGGUGGGCAGCAAACUCUUUCUGACACCGCCAGAGACCCUGCCCCCCGAGGAGCCCCAGGCAUUGCUGGUGCUGUGGCGCUGGCAGGAGACGCCUGGGCUUGGGAUCCAGCUGGUACCUGAGCACGUAGAAACACGGCCCCUCUACCAUCGCCGCAGCCCAGGGCUGCUGCACCUCUUCCUGUGCCCCCAGGGAUCCCUUCAUGUGUGGAUUGACAUCUUCCCCGGAGAUGUGCCUGCCCCACCUCCAGUUGACAUCAAGCGUCGGCAGCCAAUCAGCUAUGAGCUCAGAGUCAUCAUCUGGAACACGGAGGAUGUAGUUCUGGAUGAUGCAAACCCACUCACUGGAGAGAUGUCGAGUGACAUCUACUUGAAAAGCUGGGCGAAGGGGCUGGAGCAAGACAAGCAGGAGACAGACGUUCACUUCAACUCUCUGACAGGGGAGGGACUUCAAUGGCGCUUCGUGUUCUGCUUUGACUACCUGCCCACCGAGCAAGAGGUGAACGUCCGUUGCUGGCCUGGACCCUUCACCCUGGAGGAAGCUGAGUUCCGGCAGCCGUCUGUGCUGGUCCUGCAGGUCUGGGACUAUGACUGCAUCUCGACCAACGAACGACUAGGAUCCUUGGAGCUGCAGCUACCGGACAUGGUGCGAGGGGCCUGGGGCCCCGAGCUCUGCUCCGUGUGGCUGGUCCGGGACGGGGCCGGGCCAAGGCGUAAUCUGUUUCGCUGCCGCUGCUUGCGGGGCUGGUGGCCUGUAGUGAAGCUGCGGGUGCUGGAGGCUCAGGCUGUCAAGAAGAGGAAGAAGAGGAGGAAGGGCCGGCCAGAAGACUUAGAGUUCUCGGACUCAGGAGGCAACGUCUACAUCCUCACGGGGAAGGUGGAGGCUGAGUUUGAGCUGCUGACUGUGGAGGAGGCUGAGAAACGUCCAGUGGGAAAGAGGCACAAGGAGCCAGAGCCCUCGGAGAAGCCCAGCUGUCCCGAAACCUCCUUCAACUGGUUUGUGAACCCGCUGAAGACCUCCGUCUUCUUUGUCUGGCGCCGGUGCUGGCGCAUCCUGCUGCUGCUGGCGGCGCUGAUCACUGUCUUCCUCCUCCUCAUCUCCUACACCAGGCCUGGCCUGAUCAGCCAGGUCACUGUCCGCCCCCUCCACCGCCCCUGA